CGUGGCACAGCGUCGACUGAAAGCUGUGAGAAAGUAUCAGUGAUACUGUUUAUCGAGAGAGGGGGAAAGAGAGGGAGUGACAAUAGAUAGAGAGUGAGUGAGUGAGUAAGAGAGAAGGAAGAAAAGGAGAGAGAGACGGACUAAGUUACUCUUGGAAAGUCUGUUUGACCCAUUGCUUUUUUUUUGGGCUUUGCUACUUAUCUGUUACAUUGAUACUCAUGUGUUUAGUCCGUAUUCUUUAAUUGAUAUCUUGGUGACGUUUUAAGAUUUUAUUCACCAACAAUGAACCCUCAGUAUCAUAGUGGGUUUGGCCCUGGUGUAACUCCACAUGGAGGUGGGAUCCAGGUAUCAGCAGCACCUCCUUCACGACCUCAUUUGCCUGGACAGAACAUGUAUAAUGGGCCAAAUAUGGUACAACGACCACCUGGCAUAAGAGGACCCACAGGAUUUCCACCUAUGAAGCAAGGUAUGGGGCCUCCUGGUCAAUAUGAAAUGAGUGGCCAUGCACAAAAUGGACCCCAAACAGAUAAUGCAAAUUUCAGAAACUAUCCAACAGAUGGCCCUAGAAUGGUUUCUGUACCAUCCAACAAUAACCAACCACAUAUGGGAUUUAGUGGGCCGCCUGGUUCCUCCAGUCAACAGAUGCCUCCUCCUCCUCCUACUACUGGCAACCUUCAUCAACCAUCAAUGAUGCAACAGUUCCCUAACAGGCCAACUGGUGCACCACCUAAUCAAGUUCCUGGAACCAUGCCUGUACAGAUGCAAAACCAAUAUAGAGAAGCUCCACCAAUGUCCCAGAUCACACCUCAGAUGGCUGGUAUGUCUAUAAAUCAAGAUGGAAGAUAUCCUCAGACUGGAAAUUUACCACCUCCACCAACUAACAUGAGUGUACCCCAACAAACUAAUGUUGGUCCACCCAUACCAUCCAAUGUUGGACCACCCCAACAAACCAAUAUUGGGCCGCCUCAACAAACCAGUUAUUGCCCUCCACCUUCAUCCAUCAUUGGACCAAACCAACAGAUCAAUGCUGGUCCUUCACCACCAUCCAGCAUUGGUCCGCCUUUUCCAUCCAGUGUUGGUCCUCCCGGCCCACCCCUACAAUCAAGUGUUGGCCCACCCCCUACAUCCAAUGUUGGUUCUCGUCCAGUUGGUCAAGUACCAAUGGACUCAUAUGCUCCAAAUUCUGGGCCUAACAUGGGUUCUCAAUCUAACUAUAUGCCACCAUCCCAGGGAUAUGGGUCAGCUCCCCCAAGCAUGAACACUCCUGUACAUUCAGGAAUUCUUGGUCAAGUACCACCCCAGCCUCACAUGAUGGGACAAGGGCCGCCUCCAUCUUCCUCUGCAGCUUCGAGUACAUAUGGUGUGGCUCCUCCUCAAUCUAUUGGUCCACCACCUCAGUUUAAUGCACCCCCAUCUUCUGGACCCUAUACUGGAUCUUCGUCUCAGAUGCCUUCUGGUGGUUACCACACUGGCAGCCAUUCAGGUAUGCAACCGCAGCAACCGAGAAGAUUGGAUCCGGACCAAAUGCCCAGUCCAAUCCAAGUAAUUGAAGAUGAUAGACGAAAUAAAAGUGGUAUUUUCACAACAAAUGUGCGUGGUCAAGUUCCUCCUCUGAUAACAACCAAUUUUGUUACUCAGGAUCAAGGUAACAGUAAUCCUAGAUUUAUUCGGAGUACAAUGUAUAAUGUUCCUUGUACAGCUGAUAUGCUAAAAAAUUCCCAUAUACCAUUUGCAUUGACAAUUACUCCAUUUGCAAAAUUACAUAAAGAAGAGCACGUGCCUCCACUUGUGGAUUUAGGAGACCUUGGUCCAGUCCGUUGUAAAAGGUGCAAGUCUUAUAUGAGUCCUCAUAUGCAGUUUAUUGAUGGUGGUCGACGAUUUCAGUGUGUAUUCUGUAAUGCAGCCACUGAAGUUCCUUCUGAAUAUUUUGCACAUCUUGACCAUACUGGUCGAAGAGUUGAUUGUUAUGAUAGAGCUGAAUUAUGUUUAGGUUCUUAUGAAUUUGUAGCUACCAAAGAUUAUUGUAAAAAUGGGAAACCUCCCAAUUGUCCUGCAUUUAUAUUUUGCAUUGAUGUCUCCUACAACAGUGUCAGAAAUGGUUUGGUCCAUUUGAUUUGCUCCAGAUUAAAAAAAGAGAUACUUGUUAACUUACCCAGGGAAACAGGAGCUGCAGAAUCAGAAAUUAGAGUUGGAUUUCUUACUUAUGCAAAAGAGAUACAUUUUUAUAAUGUUAAAGGUUCAUUAGCACAACCACAGAUGUUGGUAGUUUCUGAUAUUGAAGAUGUAUUUAUGCCAUUAUUGGAUGGCUUUUUAGUCAAGUUAUCAGAAUGUGAGACAGUAAUUGAUAGUUUGCUCUCUCAAAUACCUCAGAUGUUUGGAGAAUCCAGGGAAACUGAAGUGAUAUUAGGCCCAGUUAUCCAAGCUGGAUUGGAAGCUUUGAUCAAUGCUGAUUGUGCUGGAAAACUUAUUCUUUUCCAUACCUCACUGCCUAUUGCCGAUGUUCCUGGUAAAUUAAAAAAUAGAGAUGAUAGAAAGCUUCUAGGUACUGAUAAAGAAAAGAUAGAUGACACUGCUUUAAAGACACUUCUCACUCCUCAAGGGAACUUCUACACCAAACUUGGACAACAAUGUGUUGCAGCUGGUUGUAGUGUUGAUCUGUUCAUGUUCCCUAAUUCUUAUGUUGAUAUAGCUACUGUUGGUGAGCUGUGUCGUCUUACCGGUGGCAACAUGUACAAGUACAGUUAUUUCCAGGCUGAGCAGGAUGGAGAAAGAUUCAUGAAUGACUUAAAGAGAAAUGUCUGUCAAAUUGCUGCAUUUGAUGCAAUUAUUCGAGUAAGAACUAGCACAGGUAUCAGACCAGUUGAUUUCUUUGGUAAUUUCUACAUGACAAAUGCCACAGAUGUAGAAUUGUCUGCAAUUGACAGUGACCAGUCCAUAUCUGUUGAAAUAAAGCAUGAUGAUAAACUGGACCCAGCUGAUGGAGCAUAUAUUCAGGUUGCAAUUUUAUACACAAGUGUUGGUGGCUUUAGAAGACUAAGAAUUCAUAAUCUUUCUUUAAAUUGCUGCACACAGUUUGCAGAUAUGUUCAGAAAUUGCGAAUUAGAUUCUUUGAUAAAUUUCAUGGCUAAACAAGCAAUAAGAAACAUCUUGAACAGCACGCCAAAACUAGUCCAUGAGAACAUGGCCAACCAAGUAGCUCAUAUUCUUCAUUGUUAUCGAAAGAAUUGUGCAAACCCAUCUUCAGCUGGUCAACUCAUUCUACCAGAAUGUAUGAAACUAUUGCCACUUUAUGCCAACUGUGUUAUCAAAAGCGAUGCAAUUCAAGGAGGCUCUGAAGUUCCAACAGAUGAUAGAAGUUACUGCUUGUUGUUGUUAAAUGCAAUGGAUGUUAAAUCAACUAAUGUAUUUUUCUACCCCCGACUUCUUCCUCUGCAUCAUAUUGAUGAAUCAAUAUCAGACGAAUUGGUUGAAGACUAUUUACCAAAAGCUGUACGGUGUUCCCUAGAAAGGCUUGAUGACAAUGGAAUUUAUUUCCUUGAAAAUGGAUUAACAAUGUACUUGUGGCUUGGCCACAAUGUAAGUCCUGAAUGGGUGCAAAUGGUGUUUGGAGUACAAAGUGCUGCCCAGAUCGAUAUUGACAAAUGCAAGUUGAUAGAAUUGGAUAAUCCUUUAUCGCAGCGAAUACGUUCAAUUAUUAGGAUAGUACAACAGGACCGCAGCAGACAAAUGAAGUUGAUUAUUGUUCGACAGCGAGACAAACUGGAGCCGUGGUUCAAUCACUUCCUUGUGGAAGACAAAGGCAUGAAUGGCUCAGCUUCUUAUGUUGACUUCCUCUGCCACAUUCAUAAAGAAAUUCGAAACCUUCUCAGCUAACAGAAACCAGUCUUUCUUCUGUUGUAAACAACACUAGAAAUAUACUGCAUGUGCAAAAAUUUUAAAUAUAUAUAUAUAUACAUAUAUAUAUAUAUAACAAACCAAAAAAAAAAAAAGAAAAAUUUUCAUUGGGAAUCUAUCAUUCCAUGAAAUGGAAGGCUGUAAUAAAUGUAAUUUUUUAUAUCAACAAGAGAUUGUUUGACAAGCAAAGACACUACUGUCUACUAUUAUUCCUAACUGGUGUACACAUGCAUACCCAAACACUCACACACUUGACAUGAAUACUGACACAGACUUGAUACAAAAGUUGAAAAUGUUAGAUAUAUGGCACACAUGUACAUUGCUUCUUAUUCUAAGUUAGCUUCAUAUAAUUCAACAUAAAAGCCAGUACAGAUAUAUGAUCAUGUAUACGUUUGAGCGUUGAAGCAUUGAAAAAAAAAACUUUGUUCAGGUGAAACAGAUUCUUUCUUUCUCUUUUUUUCCUCCCCCCUAAAGAAAAAUUGUUCUCUGGCUACUAGUAUAAAUUUAACAAUAUCACUGAAUAAAAAAAAAUGCCUUGCUACCU